AUGAGAAGUUCCGGCGGCGGCCCCGGGUGGGGUCGUCUUUGGCCUCACUUGGCCAUAGCGUUGGCUGUAGUUUUUGUUUCAAGUAGUGUAAGUUCAGUAUCAGGAGAUGCUUAUCCUUACUAUUCUCCACCUCCACCUUCUCCUUCUCCACCACCUCCUUAUGAGUAUAAAUCACCACCUCCACCAUCACCUAAACCUCAUUAUGAAUAUAAGUCACCACCUCCACCUUCUCCUUCUCCACCACCUCCUUAUGAGUACAAGUCACCCCCACCACCAUCUCCUAAACCUCAUUACGAGUACAAGUCUCCUCCACCUCCAUCUCCAUCCCCACCACCACCUUAUGAGUAUAAAUCACCACCUCCACCAUCACCUAAACCUCAUUAUGAAUAUAAGUCACCACCUCCACCUUCUCCUUCUCCACCACCUCCUUAUGAUCACCACCUCCACCUUCUCCUUCUCCACCACCUCCUUAUGAUCACCACCUCCACCUUCUCCUUCUCUCCAUCCCCACCACCACCUUAUGAAUAUAAGUCACCACCACCACCAUCUCCUUCUCCUCCACCACCUUAUGAGUAUAAGUCACCACCACCUCCAUCUCCUAAACCUCAUUAUGAGUACAAGUCACCCCCACCACCUUCUCCAUCUCCACCACCACCUUAUGAAUACAAGUCACCACCGCCUCCAUCUCCCAAGCCUCAUUAUGAGUACAAGUCUCCCCCACCACCUUCUCCAUCUCCACCACCACCUUAUGAAUACAAGUCUCCACCACCUCCAUCUCCCAAGCCUCAUUAUGAAUACAAGUCUCCACCACCACCAUCUCCAUCUCCACCACCACCUUAUGAAUACAAGUCACCACCACCUCCAUCUCCCAAGCCUCAUUAUGAGUACAAGUCUCCACCACCACCAUCUCCCAAGCCUCAUUAUGAAUACAAGUCUCCACCACCACCAUCUCCGUCUCCACCACCACCUUAUGAAUACAAGUCACCACCACCUCCAUCUCCCAAACCUCAUUAUGAAUACAAGUCACCACCACCACCAUCUCCUAAGCCUCAUUAUGAGUACAAGUCACCACCACCACCUUCCCCAUCACCACCACCACCAUAUGAAUACAAGUCUCCACCACCACCAUCUCCUAAGCCUCACUAUGAAUACAAGUCUCCACCACCACCAUCUCCUAAGCCUCAUUAUGAAUACAAGUCUCCACCACCACCAUCUCCUAAGCCUCACUAUGAAUACAAGUCUCCUCCACCACCCUCUCCUUCUCCACCACCACCUUACUAUUACAACACCAGAGCCAUAUCACCAGCACCUGAGCCAUACUACUAUAAGUCCCCACCUCCACCAUCACCAUCUCCUCCUCCACCAUACUACUACAAAUCUCCUCCACCACCCGAAAAGUCACCAGCACCUGAGCCAUACUACUAUAAGUCCCCACCUCCACCAUCACCAUCUCCUCCUCCACCAUACUACUACAAAUCUCCUCCACCACCCGAAAAAUCACCAACUCCAGCACCAUACUAUUACAAGUCUCCACCACCACCCUCACCAUAUCAUCCAGCACCAUACUACUAUAAAUCUCCACCACCACCAACAAAAUCACCAACUCCAGCUCCCUACUACUACAAGUCGCCACCACCACCUAAGGCUUAUCCUCCACCAUACUACUAUACUUCUCCACCACCACCGGUUCCUCAUCCUUACCCUCACCCUCACCCUCACCCCCAUCACCAUAAAUUGGUAGUGAAGGUAGUAGGAAAAGUGUACUGCAUCAGAUGCUACGAUUGGGAAUACCCAGAGAAGUCACACGACAAGAAGCAUCUCAAAGGUGCUGUAGUUGAGGUGACAUGUAAGGCAGGUGAUAAAGAAAUAAAGGCAUAUGGUAAAACCAAGAUCAAUGGUAAAUAUAGUAUUCCUGUUGAGGGCUUUUACUAUGGUAAAUACGGAGCAGAGGCUUGCAAGGCUAAGCUCCAUAAGGCACCCAAACACUCACCUUGUAACAUCCCAACUGACCUACACAUGGGUGAUAAGGGUGCCGAGCUUAAGGUUAAGUCCAAGACAAAGUAUGAAGUUGUUCUUCAAGCUAAGCCAUUUGCUUAUGCUCCUAAAACUCCUUACGAGGAGUGUAAGAAGCCUAAACCCGAGCCCACACCUGCUCCUUACUACUACACUUCUCCACCACCACCAGUAAAGUCACCACCUCCUCCAUACUAUUAUCACUCUCCACCUCCACCCGUGAAGUCACCUCCUCCUCCGUACUACUACCACUCUCCACCUCCACCGGUGAAGUCUCCCCCUCCUCCGUACUACUACCACUCUCCACCUCCACCCGUGAAGUCUCCUCCUCCUCCAUACUACUACCACUCUCCACCUCCACCGGUAAAAUCACCCCCUCCUCCAUAUUACUAUCACUCACCACCCCCACCAGUGAAGUCUCCUCCUCCCCCAUACUACUAUCACUCUCCACCUCCACCCGUGAAGUCACCACCUCCUCCAUACUAUUACCAUUCUCCACCUCCACCAGUGAAAUCACCCCCUCCCCCAUACUACUACCACUCUCCACCUCCACCCGUGAAGUCACCCCCUCCUCCCUAUUACUACCACUCUCCACCCCCACCAGUAAAAUCACCUCCUCCCCCCUACUACUACCACUCUCCACCCACCACUCUCCACCCCCGCCUGUGAAGUCACCCCCUCCUCCUUAUUACUACCACUCACCGCCGCCACCGGUGAAGUCACCCCCUCCUCCAUAUUACUACCACUCCCCACCUCCACCUGUGAAGUCACCUCCUCCUCCUUACUACUAUCACUCACCACCCCCACCAGUAAAAUCACCGCCUCCCCCCUACUACUACCACUCACCACCCCCACCAGUGAAGUCACCCCCUCCUCCCUACUACUACCACUCACCACCCCCACCUGUGAAGUCACCCCCUCCCCCCUACUACUACCACUCCCCACCACCACCUGUGAAGUCACCUCCACCUCCAGUUUACAUUUAUGCCUCUCCGCCACCACCAACUCAUUAUUAGGAAACAGCUCCAUGAGAUACCACAAUCAAUCAUAUUUUAAUUUCAGCAAUGUAAUAAAGAAAAGCUCCAAGUGGAAAAGAUGUGUAUAUCAAACCUCUUAUCCAAGUCCAUUCAAUAAGGAUCUGAAUUUUGCAUUAGCAGGCCACAACUUGAAAGAUCCAGGCCAAUUUGCUCCAAUUUCCAAAAUGGCAAUUCUACAUCUUAUGCUCAUAUUAUGCACAAGUAAAAUUGGCUUCAAAGGAAUAAUUUUCGAAAGCAAAAAUUAAGACGCUAGACCUUAUCUAAAUGGAUCAAGGCUCGGAUUUGGAAGGGGCUAGUUGAGUUUGGUUUUUUAUUUAUUCAUCUUCAAUUUGUUAUUUUAUGUAUAGUGCAUACACCUUUCGUAUUGUUUGAUUGGCUUCUCUUUAUUUAUUGUGAGCAAUUGUUUCUUGGAGCUUCUUGUGCUUUGUGCACUAAGAUUGUUAGUAAUAAAAAUACAAGGCAUUUCUCUUCUACUC